AAUGGAUAGGUCAUUCUUGCUGCCAUUUUUGGGUGAAAAUGGGUGGAGAAAUGGGAGGAACCAUUUUUGGCUGAAGAAAUGGCACACCUUUGGGCUAGGUGUUUUUGCGAUUUUGGCCGUGUUUUGGGAAUGGCUCAAGCCAUGUUGCCCAUGUCUAGCGAAACUCCGACACCUCCACUUCCGCCGCCGCGACUCGUUCUCCGGCCGCCGCAGACCUGAUCCAAUCCCGACGGACGUGGACGGCCCUGCCUCUCGAGUACUACUCGAAGAUGGAGACGAGGUUCGGAUGGAGUUUCUGCCGGAGGAGCUUCGGCAAAACGUGGUGAAGCUUUCGUGCGAGUCGACGGCGGAAGGAGGAAUUUGCGACGUUUAUUUGGUUGGAACGGCUCAUGUGUCUCAGGAAUCAUGCAAACAAGUUAAAGCAGUAAUCAGGAUUUCAAAACCACAGGUCGUUUUCUUGGAACUAUGCCCAAUUCGUAAGCCUGUACUUCUUACUCAGAAUUUAAAGGUACCAACCAUGAGAGAUAUGGUGGAGAUGUGGACGACACAGCACGAUAUAUUUGGAAUCUUGUACAGCUGGUUUCUGGCCAAGGUUGCCAGCAAGCUUGAGGUUUGCCCUGGUUCUGAGUUUCGGGUGGCAUGUGAAGAAGCGUUCAAGUAUGAUGACAACGUGCAAGUGAAACUUGGUGAUCGCCCGGUAGAAAUUACUUUACAAAGGACAUGGGCAAAGAUGCCACUUUGGCAUAAGACAAAAUUACUUUAUUCCAUGGUUAUCCAAGCAUUCUUUUUACCAAACUCUGAAGAUCUCAAUAAAAUGCUGAAGGAAAUGGAUGAUGUUGAUAUGUUGACUCGUGUGAUUCUAGAUAUGAGCAAGCAAUUCCCCACUCUCAUGGAAACCCUUGUACAUGAGCGAGAUCAGUACAUGUCAACCACUUUAGAAGAAGUUGCUGGUAAGUACAGUUCUGUUGUUGCAGUUGUCGGAAAGGGGCACCUUCAGGGAAUUAUGAAGUACUGGAAGCAACCUGUUGAGCUGGAGCAGCUUCUGCAUGUAGAUAUGCCUUCAAGGAGGCCGGCCAUUUCAGCAGUGAAGCUCCUCACAACUGUUGGAGUUGCAGUUGCUGGUGUGGCCAUAAUUUCUGGCAUUUAUCUCGCAACCAAGAAAUAGUCCUUUGCAACAAGGAAUGUGGUUACUCUGUUCCGUCUCUGAAUGAAUACUGCACCGACAUAAAACUAUAUAUAGAUUUUACCAUGAAAAACGCCUUAGUGGCCUCCUUGAGAAGGUUUACUUGCUGUUAACAUUGCCUUUCGACUCUUCCUUAAUUUGUCAUCCAUAUUGAUAAUCAGAGUCGCAACUAUGUACUCUCCACAGUUCCGAAGUAAGAAAGACCCCACAGGUUUGAAGGACACAAGUUGUGUUUGAAACAUUUCCUGGAUGAAGCUUGGAACAGAUUACGUAACAAAAAAUUAAAACCUAAGAACAAAUAGCCCCUACGCCUGACAUCUGAGAAACGUAUUCACCGACUCCCUCUCCCUUUCCUAGCAGUCUCGUCCGUCCAGUUAUGUUUCCAUGUUUUUCCAUUUUUGUCUUCCACACCGCAACUGUUUCCUCAUCCUCAAGCUGGUGUCUCUCAAUGCUGCUCAUCCAUACCAUAAUCACAGGAUACAGCUUUCUUCUGUUGUUGAUCCAUACAAUCGUCUAAAUAUACUCUUUUUUUGUGCCGCGAGUGAUACAUCCAGACUCGGUUAUUUUCCAUAUGUUCUACUGAUAGAAUCAGCCAUCAGUAAUGGAAAAUGCAGGACCAUUUUUGAGGGUUUAACAUGAUUUUCAUUCUGCUGUGGCUUGCCAUUAGUUGAUGCAACCAGUACUGGCUUUAGUGGUUUUAUAUUAAGAUGAUAAUCAAAGGUCUGGAGGUUUGUGAUUCAAUCCAUGUUUCUUUGGAUAAUUUAAUUCUUCAUGCAACGGACCCAAAAAAACAACGAGAAAAUCUUUAUUACGGAGGUUCCGUAAAUAAAGUUUACGGAGGCUAAUCUUUGCUUCGGUGCUCCAGAGCUGGAUCUUCAUCACCCACCCAGUGACGUGGAGGAUUUGAGAAUUUGAUGAGCAAUGGGAAACCCAAUUUUGUGAGCACCUUAAGAACCAAAAGGAAGAUGGUUCAAGAGAAUUAAGGUCAUAAUCAUUGUUACCUGCGAGUUUGACAAGUAUAUAGCACUUUUAGCAUAACAGUACCCCGUCCCACACAGAAAGUAAAGUCUAUAAGGGUGAUCUUGGGACUAGAGUACAAG